UCUGAUGUUGUGUUUCCAUCCCCGCUCCCUCUUUGUGUGUGUGUGCGGGUUAAAGUGUGUAUGUGAGCGGGUUAAAGUGUGUGUGAGCUGGUUAAAGUGUGGGUUAAAGUGUGUGUGUGCGGGUUAAAGUGUGUGUGUUUGUGUGUGUGUGAGUGUGUGAGCGGAGGAAGAUGCUGCCGCUGCAGCUGCUGAGGGUGUCGGUCCAUGAGCGGAUCAGCGCCGCUGCUGCAGACUUUCUGCUGCUGCUGGAAAAAGGCAGAGAAGCGGCUGAGAUCCCGGAGCUGAGAGCGCUGCUCACCGAGCGGCUGACGGCGGCCGCGGAGGAGAUUGUCGGCCUGUUGGAGAAAACCGUGGCGGAGUACGAAGACAAAGCUGAGCGGGCAGAGCAAGAGAUGUGCCGCCAGAGGAAGCUGCUCAACAUCCUGCUGAAGCCCCAAGUCAGGCUGCACAGAGCAGAUUUACCUCCAGACGUCCGGCAGCUGAUCGUCGGCGAAGAGGAGGUGAACCAGGAAGCCCCACCUAUUAAAGAGGAACAGGAGGAGCUCUGGACCAAUCAGGAGGCAGAGCAGCUUCAAGAUCUCACCACGUUCCCUGUGAAGAGUGAGGAUGAUGAGGAGGAAGCUCCGCCCUCACAGCUUCAUCAGAGCCAAACUGAGGAGAGCAGAGAGGUUUUGCCUCCAGACGUCCAGCAGCUGUCCGUCAAGACAGAGGAGAUCAGCCUGGACCAGGAGGAGCCAGAGCCCCCACACAUUAAAGAGGAAGAGGAGGAGCUCUGGACCAAUCAGGAGGCAGAGCAGCUUCAGUAUAUCAUCAAGUUCCCGUUCACUCGUGUCACUGUGAAGAGUGAGGAUGAUGAGGAGGAAGCAGUGAGCGAUGGCAAGACGUCAGACUCCUCUGAAACAGAGACUGCAGACAGUGAAGACGACUGGAAGGAGACCAGAGAAGCUCAGGCAGGGUUUGACUCUGUGGACACAUUGAACUCUGGAGAGAAACCAUCUUCAUGCUCUGUGAACAAACCCAAAGGACAGAAACCAUGCAGCUGCCCAGUUUGUGGUAAAAGCUUUAAUUAUACAGGAACCCUCAACCGACACAUGAAGAUCCACAAGGGAGAGAGACCUUUCAUUUGCACAGUUUGUGGUAGAUCAUUUAUCUACAAAAACUAUAUGCAGAAACAUAUGAGAAACCACACUGGAGAGAAACCAUUCCGUUGCUCAGUCUGUGGCAAAUCAUAUGUCUGCAAAAAUGAUAUGCAGCAACACAUGAGAACGCACACAGGGGAGAAACCAUUCAGUUGCUCGCUCUGCGAUAAAUCCUUUGUCUUCAAAAAAUAUUUGAAGCAACACAUGAGAACGCACACAGGAGAGAAACCGUUCAGUUGCUCAUUUUGUGGCAAAAGUUUUAGACUUAAAGGAGAAUUAAACAAACACAUGAUAGUCCACAUAGGAGAGAAACCUUUUAAUUGCUCAGUUUGUGGUAAAAACUUUAAACUUAAAGCAGAAAUCAAUCGACACAUGAUAAUUCACACAGGGGAGAAACCGUUUACUUGCCCUGUUUGUGGUAAAUCGUUCGUCUACAAAGACAAUAUGAAGAAACAUAUGUUAACGCACACCGAAGAGAAACCAUUUAGUUGCUCAGUCUGUGGUAAACGUUACAAACUUAAAGGGGACUUGAACAGACACACGAUAAUGCACACGACUGAGAAACCGUUCAGCUGCCCAGACUGCGGGAAAACGUCCAGCAGCAUGCUCUACAUGAAGGAACACAUGAAACUCCACAAAGGGGAGGCGUCCUUUUGCUGCUCGUCCUGUGGUAAAAUGUUUGCCUGCAAGAGCAGCCUGAGGGUCCACAUGAGAGUCCACACGGGAGAGAAACCAUACAGCUGCUCCAUCUGUACCAAACGCUUCAGCCAGAGCGGAAACCUGCAGAUCCACAUGCGAAGUCACUCCAAUGAGAAACCGUUCAGCUGCUCGGUUUGCGGCCAAACAUUCAAGCUCAAAGAUGCGAUGGUGAAACACAUGAGACUGCACGGCGCAGAGAAGCUCGCCGUGAAGAUGCUGCCGCUGCAGCUGCUGAGGGUGUCGGUCCAUGAGCGGAUCAGCGCCGCUGCUGCAGACUUUCUGCUGCUGCUGGAAAAAGGCAGAGAAGCGGCUGAGAUCCCGGAGCUGAGAGCGCUGCUCACCGAGCGGCUGACGGCGGCCGCGGAGGAGAUUGUCGGCCUGUUGGAGAAAACCGUGGCGGAGUACGAAGACAAAGCUGAGCGGGCAGAGCAAGAGAUGUGCCGCCAGAGGAAGCUGCUCAACAUCCUGCUGAAGCCCCAAGUCAGGCUGCACAGAGCAGCGCUCUCUCCAGACGUCCAGCAGCUGUCAAUCAAGAAGGAGGAGAUCAGCCUGGACCAGGAGGAGCCAGAGGAGGCAGAGCAGCUUCAGGAUCUCACCACGUUCCCUGUGAAGAGUGAGGAUGAUGAAGAGGAAGCUCCGCCCUCACAGCUUCUUCAGAGCCAAACUGAGGAGAGCAGAGGGGCGGAGCCUCCAGCCAGCAGCUCCUCUGAGCAGAUGGAGACAGAAGCUGAUGGAGAGGAACCAGCCAGGAACUUUGGUCCCGACAGCGACUUACAGCCAAUCAGCGAUGAUCAGCCGCUCUCCUCUCCCUCGUCUGAAAACGAGACGGAGGACAGCGACGAGAACUGGAGGCCGAGCAGAGAAGCUCAGCCGGAGCUCAGCACGCUGAACGACCUGCUAAUCAAACAAACGGGAACUAAUCUGGAUGAAAAACGCUUCCGCUGCUCAGAGUGCGGAAAAGGUUUUAAGAAUAAAGGGGAGUUGAACCGACACAUGAGAACGCACACGGGGGAGAAGCCGUACAGCUGCCCCGUCUGCAGCAAGAGGUUCAGUCAGAACGUGAAGGUGAAGCGACACAUGGAGAUUCACAACAAGGAGACGCCGUUCAGCUGCUCCGUGUGCGGCCAGAGGUUCAGCCACAGCCGAGCCGUGGUCACGCACAUGAGGCUGCACACGGGGGGGAAGCCCUACAGCUGCUCCGUCUGCGGCAAGAGCUUCAAGAGCAAAGGAGACUUUGACAAACACAUGAAGGUGCACACGGACGAGAAGCCGUUCAGCUGCUCGCUCUGCGGCACCAGCUUCAAACACAAAGCGCACAUCAACAGGCACAUGAAGGUGCACACGGGCGAGAAGCCCUUCAGCUGCGCCUUCUGCGGCAAAACGUUCGUCAGCAAGAGCAACAUGCAGGUCCACAUGAGGAUCCACAUCGGAGAGAAACCCUUCAGCUGCUCGGUCUGCAGCAAACGCUUCAGACAGACCUCCCACCUGCACCAGCACAUGCGCAUUCAUGCAGAUAAAAAACCCGGCUAUGAGCGGAGGAAGAUGCUGCCGCUGCAGCUGCUGAGGGUGUCGGUCCAUGAGCGGAUCAGCGCCGCUGCUGCAGACUUUCUGCUGCUGCUGGAAAAAGGCAGAGAAGCGGCUGAGAUCCCGGAGCUGAGAGCGCUGCUCACCGAGCGGCUGACGGCGGCCGCGGAGGAGAUUGUCGGCCUGUUGGAGAAAACCGUGGCGGAGUACGAAGACAAAGCUGAGCGGGCAGAGCAAGAGAUGUGCCGCCAGAGGAAGCUGCUCAACAUCCUGCUGAAGCCCCAAGUCAGGCUGCACAGAGCAGACUCCCCCAUCCACUUGGAGCUGACAGAGAAAACGUUUCUGGGCGUCGCCUCAUCAGACCGGCAGGAGGCCGCGCCGCCGCGUGACGACAAAUCAGAGCCAGCGACGCCUCGCUCCCCUUCGCCCGGCGACGAUCCGCCGCUCUCCGUCUGCAGCUCUGUCGCUCAGAGCGACGGCGACCUGGACAGCGACCUGGACGGCGAGUGGAGGGACUCCAGAGGACGGCAGGCGGCGUCCAGGAAGUCACGGCUGAGGCGGCUGAAAGGACGAGGACUGGCGGUCAGAGACAGGCGGAGGAGAUGCGCGGCGGUGGAGGUGUUCCACUGCCUGGUCUGCGGAAAGCCUCUGCAGGGCAAAGGCUUCCUGCUGAAGCACGUGCUGCGGGUCUGCGCCAGCAACCCAGAGUGUCGCUGCGGCUUCUGCGGCGAGCGUUUAGAGUCGCCGAGCGAUUUGACGACGCACCUCCAAACCCACCAGGAGAGCAGCAAGACUUGUGGAUUUUGUGGGAAAACAUUUCACUCCAUUGUGGCGCAGGAGGUGCACGUGAGGCUGCACACUGGCGAGAAGCCCUACAGCUGCGAGGUGUGCGGCAAGAAGUUUAGCCAGAAAGGAAACAUGACCUCCCACAUGCGCGUGCACGCCGCGGAGAAACCCUUCAAAUGCAAAGAGUGCGACCGAGCCUUCUGCCAUGUGAUGUCCUUGGAGAGGCACAUGGGCGUGCACGGCGGCGGCGGCUCGCACAAGUGCGGCGUUUGUGGAGAAGAGUUUGCCAAACGGUGCCACCUCACAAGACACGCCAAGAGUCACGCGGCGGAUCGCAUCAUGAAGAAGUCAAAGAAACAGAGGAGCGUGGCGCCGCUGCAUCGCUGCAAAGUGUGUGGAGAGAGAUUCGACAGGAAGACGUUGUUAGUGAAGCACGUGGAGGUGCACCUGAAGGAUCCGGAGAGCUGCUGCGGCCUGUGCGGACACCACUACGAGUCCGCCGACAGUCUGCUCGCCCACCUGCAGUCGCACCAGGAAAUCAGCAACACCUGCGACGUGUGCGGGAAGGGCUUCCCGGCCCACGCGGCACUUGAGAUGCACAUGAGGAUCCACACGGGGGAGAGGCCGUACACCUGCGGCACCUGCGGCAAGACCUUCAACCAGAACGGCAACCUCAAAACACACAUGAAGAUCCACACGGGGGAGAGGUCGUUCUGCUGCACCAUCUGCGGGAAGGGCUUCACCCAGAAACAGACGCUGGACACGCACGUCCGCUUCCACAAGAAGGAGAGACUCUACCUGUGCCAGGUGUGCGGCAAAGGCUUCAUGCAGGACGUGGACCUGAAGAGGCACAUGCUGAUCCACACGGGGGAGAAACCAUACAGCUGCGUGUUCUGCGGCAAAAGCUUCCAGGCCAAAAGAUCCCUCAACUCCCACGUCAAAGUUCACACGGGGGAGGCGGCGGGCAGGUCGGGCGACACGUCGAGCCUCCACCGGCAGGAAGGUUUCCACCCGGGUUUCAUCCAGCUGUAGAGUCUGCCGCCGGAAACACUGUUUUUGCCUUGCAUUUUGAAAAAUGGCUCACCACUCGAGGGUUGAAUUCAUAAAUAGUUUUACUUUACCGCUGAGAUUUCUCCUAAGCAACACUAAAAGCUGUUAGCUUAGAAUCUCCUCUGAAAACUGAUCCACUCACCUGCAAACUCAAACUUUAAUUUGGAUUUGUUUUUCCUUUUCUAGACUCUGCGCGGUAUUUCACCAGUGGGCACUGAGAUUUUGGUGGGAUUUUAAGUCUUAAGACAAACACAAAGAAUCUCAGUCUAAAUCAUUAUAACAGGUUUACACUGGAUUGAAACACACACUUCAGGACGUCCAAUAAAGGUGGACAGACAAAGGACAGAGGUGAUAAAUAAAAGUAUUAAUGUAUUAAAAAGUGGAUUGGUUAUAAAUGCUGUGCAAUCCAUACAAAUCAACAAAGGUGUGAACUCCAGGGGAUUAUAUUCCAAGAAAAAUCUCUGGGAUUCUAAAGUCACAAAUUUCCGAGAAAACAAUUUCCAAGAAGUCGUAAAAUGACGAGAUAAAAACCAAAUGAAUCAUAAUAUUGUGAUUUUAUUUUAUUGCAAAUGUACGACUUUAAUCUGCCCUAAUCCGGAGCCGUUGCUGUAAGGUGUUUUGUGAGUUCGACCCCCGAGGCUCCACAGGUGGUUUUGGUGGCUGAAAGUACACAGAAGGAUUCUUGAACUAAAAAACAAAAAAAGCUGAAACUUCUCAGCUCUAAAAGUCAGAAGAGCCGCCGCCGCUCGGACUUUUCAUCCGUUCGGCUCGACGGCGGCAAAGAGGAGCUCGGCGCUCUUCUUCGUUGGUGUGACUGUGAGUUUGCAGCUGAAUGUUCAGAGGUCUCAUCUUCUUCUGACGCCGUACAACAGCUGAGGUCGAAGAGCAAGACUUAAAUAAUCUCAACGGAAACUAAAGAGGGAAUUUUGAAUUGUACAGUUCCUUCAUUGUUGCCUUUUUUUUUUUUUUUUUUUUUACUGGUCAUCAAGGGAAUCCAGCUGAUCCGUGUAUUUCCCCCAGACGUCAUGGCUGCUCCGUAUCGUACGGCAGCUUAUGAGGGCCAAAAAAUACAGAGCCUGGGGAGGGAUGGGUAAUGCAAAAAAAAAAAACUUCCCGAGAUUAAAAUUGACACUGAGAACAUGAACCAAAGAUUGAGAACAUGAAAGAAACUUGCAAAUGCAAAUUUCUGAAAAAAUUUCAAAUUCUGAAAUUCUAGUUUUUCUCACCAAUUUGUGACUAUAAUCUCAGAGUUUUAAAGUUUUUUCUCAUAAAUUUAUGCAUUUAAUCUUGUAAAUUGAGGUUUUUUUCUCAGAAUAUUCCCCCUCCCCCGGCUCAGUCUUUCCCCCUGCAGUGGCUCUGAUACGCCGUCGAAGCAUCGGCCCUAAAGUGAACUCCACAGAUGUUAUUUUCUGAGUAUUGUGUUUGCCUUAUGAUUAAAAUACAUGUAGAUACAAC